GUGUGUACUGUGUAGUGCGGGCGCGGGCAUUGUAGCUCAGGUUUGAAGUGUAGGCUGGUCGAGUCGAGGUGAAGUUGUGCUAGUUCCGAGCCCGCGCUUGCCCCGAACCGCACUAGUACCAGGUGUUAUCUUAUAAUAACCUAUUUCACGCGACAUGAUAAGGGCUAUCUCUUUUCAUGUGGUUAUUUUAGAAGCGGUGUUCUAAAUUUCGUACGAGAAUCUGUUUGUGAAUAUAUGAAGAGUUGGAAAAGUGUUGUUUAGUAUAAACAUUAGAAAAGUGCAAUGUGCUCUCUGGAUUUAUAAUUAUUAUUCGAGAAUUGUUUACGGUCUCUUACUGGCCCGUAGGUGAAAGGAAUUCUUCAACAGAGAUGAGAUAGCCAAGGCAUGGCCACCUCCGCUCCAGCCAAGACUCGAGACUCCGACUUCUGCUCUGUCAACUUCCUAACGUACUUCUUCCACAUUUUCAACAUCGUGUUUUUGCUGUCUGGAUGUGGAGUGCUCGCAGUCGGCCUAUGGUCUGUGCUCUACAAGCACCAGUACGUCUCACUUUUAACCACCGUCACUUACGCCCUCACCGCGUACGUCCUCGUCAUCGCUGGGGCUCUAGUGCUCUUCGUCGUCAUACUCGGCUGCUGCGGAGUCUGGAGAGAGAACAGAUGUCUCUUGUUGGUGUAUACAUUCCUGCUGCUCCUGAUAUUUCUUCUGGAAGUGAUGGCCGGGCUGCUGGCAUAUGUGUACCAAGCUCAAGUUGGAGAUGAACUAGCUGUUACGUUAAACGCUACCUUCCUUGAAACUUAUAGAAUUAAAAAUGAGCAGACUGCAGCAAUAGAUAAAAUGCAACAAGAGCUGACGUGUUGCGGUGUCAAGAGUUUCGAGGACUGGCAGUACUCUGUGUGGAAACAACAAAGUGGCGAGAGUCCCAUCAGAGUUCCAGACACCUGCUGCCUGACUCCUAGUCCUGGCUGUGGUAGGAGCAUCAGUCCCAGCAACAUCUACUACGCUGGUUGCAAAGAUGGUUUUACCUACGCCUUGGUGGAACAGUUGAACAUCAUAGGUGCUGUGGGACUGGGAAUUUGUGUAAUCCAAGUGUUUGGAAUGAUUCUCUCCUGUUGUCUCUACUUAAAACUGCGUUAUGUGACGGAUUUUGAGUGAACUGUAGAAAAGUGGCAGUUUCCGUCCAACGGGCCAACAGUACUUACACUGAUUUUGGUGUCUUCAUAAUCUCUACAAAUGUUCACGUUAUGUAUUAGUUUAUAAUGCAUUAUUUAUUUGUAAAAUAGAUUUUAAAUGUAUUGACACAUAAUGGAAUUGUUAUUCUAUUGAUCACUAACGUACAUUAUAUAUAAAAUUAUUUAAAUUUAUUGUUUCAGUUAAAUAAAAUACACUAUGUUCCUUGCUAGACAUAAACAUAUAUUGCGAGUAGUUCACUAAUAGAUUAAUGAAUACUAAUAAAAAAUGUGUAAAUACAUUAAUAAGCUGUGUUUGUAUGUAUAUAAAAAUUGUAAAGAUAUAACUGGAACUAUCAUCAUUUAAAAAAAUUAUUGGAGAACAAUAAAAAAUAAUCUAUUUGGU